UCGGGUGGAAAUAGAACAACGCGGGAGGCAGUUGGUUUACAGUUCGUUUUGCAAAGUAGUUUAAUUUAAUUUCCUAUAAAUUUGUAAAUGAUUUAAAGUGUAAAAUCGCGCUGUCGGAUUUAGAGAUGUCCCAGAAUAAAAGAGUCGCGUCUCAGAACCGGAGGUCUCAGGUACUGUUCGACGAGGAUGAUGAAGGUUCUCUCUCUCAGCCCAGUGUGUCUCAGGUACAGAGAGCCAGAGAGAACUUCACACCCGUGCAGGUGGACCGCAAGGUUGCUGAAGUCGUGCAGUUUAUUCUGAUUAAAGACCAGAAGAAAAUCCCCAUCCGCAGAGCAGAUAUAGUUAAACACGUGAUAAAGGAGUACCGGUCUCUGUACCAGGACAUCAUUAAGCGAGCGGACCGAACCUUCGAGCAGGUGUUUGGGCUGAAGCUGGUGGAGAUCGACUCCAAGAAUCACAUUUACAUCCUCACCAACAAACUGGAGCAGUCCCGCGAGGAACCAAUCAGCAUGUGCCCUGCGAACCCGAAGACCGGGUUACUGUUUGUGAUCCUCGGAGUUAUUUUCAUGAAGGGAGGAAGUGUUAAAGAGACGUUAGUGUGGAACACGUUGAAGAAACUCCGAGUGGAAGUUGGAGAGAAACAUGAAGAGUUCGGGGAUGUGAAGAAGAUCAUCACUGAUGAGUUUGUGAGACAGAAGUAUCUGGAGUAUGUUCGUAUUCCUCACACUGAGCCUCUGGAGUACGAGUUUCGGUGGGGACAGAGGGCCGAGAGCGAAGUGUCCAAGCUGAAGAUGCUUCAGUUUAUUGCGGAGCUACAUGAUCAGGAACCUCAGUCAUGGACCCAACAGUACCGAGAGGCCACGAGUGCAGAGAACAGCCAGAGAUAACGCAAUAGGAGAGAGUGCGUGCGUGUGCGUGAGUGAGUGUGCGUGCGUGAGUGUGCGCGCGCGUGAGUGUGCGUACGUGAGUGUGUGCGCGCGCGAGUGUGCGCGUGAGUGUGUGCGAGAGGUUUUCUUUAAACAGAUUUUUACUCGAGUGUGAGAGUGUGAGUGUGAGGUGUGCGAGUGCGAGAGAGUGUGAGGUGUGCGAGAGAGUGUGAGUGCGCGAGAGAGUGUGAGUGCGCGCGUGAGUGUGUGUGCGUGCGCGUGAGUGUGCGCGCGUGAGUGUGUGCGAGAGGUUUUCUUUAAACAGAUUUUUACUGGAGUGUGAGAGUGAGUGUGUGAGAGUGCGAGAGAGUGUGAGUGCGCGCGUGUGAGUGCGCGCGUGUGAGUGCGCGCGUGUGAGUGCGCGCGUGUGAGUGUGUGCGUGAGUGUGUGUGCGUGCGCGUGAGUGUGUGCGAGAGGUUUUCUUUAAACAGAUUUUUACUGGAGUGUGAGAGUGAGUGUGUGAGAGUGCGAGAGAGUGUGAGUGCGCGCGUGUGAGUGCGCGCGUGUGAGUGUGUGCGUGCGCGUGAGUGUGUGCGAGAGGUUUUCUUUAAACAGAUUUUUACUGGAGUGUGAGUGCGCGCGUGUGAGUGCGCGCGUGUGAGUGCGCGCGUGUGAGUGCGCGCGUGUGAGUGCGCGCGCGUGAGUGUGCGCGCGUGAGUGUGCGCGAGAGGUUUUCUUUAAACAGAUUUUUACUGGAGUGUGAGAGUGAGUGUGUGAGAGUGCGUGUGAGUGCGCGCGUGUGAGUGCGAGAGGUUUUCUUUAAACAGAUUUUUACUGGAGUUGGGAUUCACAUGAAUGGUUUGUUGGAGGAUGAAAACAUUGAGCUGCUUUAAGAACUGAAAUAUUUAUAGUAAGAAAAAAGUUUAAGAAGUCUAAAGCUGUUUGUUUUUUUCCCAGAAUUCUGUGUGUUUUUUUAUUGUUUGAUAAAUAAAGUGGUUCCUCUUCACACCCGG